AGUUCACUCUACGUUUCUCCUUGCUGCAAUGGCGGACGUGUCAGAGAGGACGCUGCAGGUGUCCGUGCUAGUGGCUUUCGCCUCUGGAGUGGUCCUCGGCUGGCAAGCGAAUCGGCUGCGGAGGCGUUACCUGGACUGGAGGAAGCGGAGGUUGCAAGACAAGCUGGCGACAACUCAGAAGAAGCUGGACCUGGCCUGAGCGCGCGCGGCGGCCCAAGCCCUCCGGGUCCUCACUCCCCAAAUCCCACGCGGCCCGGAUUCGCUUGUCGAAAAUGGAUAAAAAGCACUGGAAAGAAAGCAUUUCUUCUUGCACUUUAUGAAUCUAUUUUUAAAAUAAAAAGAUUAAACAAC